UGCCAAAUGAGUUAUUUCUGUUUAUCGCAGACCCCAAACAGUCGGAAUGUAGGACGGACUCGACUCUUCCCGUGACGUCACCAGGAAGCGAAAGUGGCGCGCGCCCCGCUGCACCGGUGUGGGCGGGGGGGCUGUGACGCAGCUGUUACUCUCGUCACAUCCACUGAAGCUCAUGCUCCGUCCGAACUAGAGAAUCGGGUCAGGACGGGAUGAGGACACUCGGGAGUCGAGGCGUCCUGUGGUGGGUCCGCUGGCGGUGAGGGCGCAGGAGGAGGAUGCGGCAGCCGCGGAGAGAGUCCGGGCCGGAGCUAGCAGCGUUAGCAUCCCACACCCAGGAGCGCCAGCAUGAGACCGCUUCAUGAAAACAAAGCGGACGGACAGGAUGCGGGCCUCGCGGAAGACAACAAAGUCCGGACGGCCCGGUUCUGGAGAGAAGCCGCGCUCCGGUCCCGGAAGCUGCGCAGCGGCCUUCGUCAACUGACUCUUUGCUCCAAGGAGCAGCUGCUGCUGCCGGAGGACCUGUCCGGUAUCGAGCUGCUCAACCUUGGCAAUAAUGCGCUGCAGGAGCUUCCACUGGGGCUGGGCUCCGCCCUGACCCACCUUCACACGCUGGUCCUGCGCAGAAACAAGUUCUCCAGUGUCCCGGCACCCGUGCUGGAGCUGGAGCAGCUGGUGGAGCUUGACAUGAGCCACAACAACCUGCGGAGCCUCCCAAAUGACCUGGUGCAGCUCCAGCGCCUCCAGAAGCUCUGUGUGAGUCACAACAAGAUCCAGCAGCUGCCCCACCAGGUGGGGGCGCUGCAGCAGCUGGAGGAGCUGGACAUCAGCUUCAACGACCUGCAGCAGCUCCCAUCCUCAUUCUCCAACCUUCUGCACCUGCGGACCCUCGACGCCGACCACAACAAGCUCAAUCGAUUUCCACCGGCGAUCCUGGACCUGGAGAAGCUGGAGGAGCUGGAUUGCUCCGGGAACAAGUUUGAGGUCUUUCCUGGGGACAUUUUAAGACUGCGCAGCAUCAAGAUUUUGUGGCUGAGUGGCCUGCAUGUGUCCUCGCUGCCGGAUGCCAUCUGUCAGCUCACGCAGCUGGAGAGUCUGAUGCUGGACGGAAACAACCUUGCUGCCCUCCCUGAAGGCUUUGCCAACCUGCAGAGGCUGAAAAUGAUCAACUUGUCUUCCAACCGCUUCGUCCACUUCCCCCUGGUUCUUCUGAGUCUACAGGGCCUGGAGGAACUCUACCUGAGCCGGAACAAGCUGACCCAGGUUCCGGAGGAAAUUGGACGGCUGGAACACCUGGUGAAUCUGUGGCUGGACAACAACAACAUAUCUUUCCUGCCGGAUGCCAUCGUGCAGCUCAGACAGCUGGAGGAGCUGGUUCUGCAGGGGAACCAGCUGGCGGUUCUACCAGAUCAUUUUGGAAAUCUGUCACAUGUCAACAUCUGGAAGGUGAAGGACAACCCCCUCAUCCAACCACCGUACGAGGUUUGCAUGAAGGGAAUUCCGCACAUAGCCGCGUACCAGGAGGAACGAGCUCACGUGCAGGCCGCGGUGGGGCCGCGAUUCAAACUGGUGCUGGUGGGCGGAUCCGGCGCCGGGAAGAGGCAGCUCAUGUGUGACUUGAUAGGCGAGCAGAUGAGUGAUGGUGGAAGAGGUGGCGGGAUCACUGUGGCUGACUGGGAUGUGGACCCUGACACCCAUCUUAGGUUUGUAGUGUACGUUUUGUGUGGGAAAGACAACUAUAAACUGGUUGCUCCGUUCUUCCUGUCGCACGGUGCCCUCUUUCUGUUGGUGGUCAACCUGCACACGUACACACCCAGGAGCUUUGAUACACACGUGGGCUACUUUCUGCAGCUGCUGGGCGCCAGGGUGCCACGAGCAGUAGUGUGCGUGGUGGGCACCCACGCUGAUCUCUGCCCUCUGAUGGAACUGGAGGAGAAAACACUCGACAUCCACCGGAGGAUCGGCCUGCAGUUGCGGCAGGAGCGCAGGGAACUUGAGGAGCAAGCUCAUCUGGUGUACAAGGCGUUGGAGCUGGGCUUUAGCAUGCGCUGCUCCUCCCCCCAGCUUCCCUUCUAUGGUGUCUCUGAUGAGAACCUGCACCUGCGAAGACAGCGUUUGCAGUUUCUCCUGGACAACAGGUUGCAGAUCCUGUCCCCGGUGCUGUGUGUUGGUUCCAGCAGUCAGAGUGUCCAGCAGCUGAGGAGAAAACUUGCAUCGGUUGCUAAGCAGCAGGAGAUCUUCCCCAGCUUUUGCCGCAUCAUACCAAAGUCCUGGCAGCUGCUGGAGGAGCUGCUCUUGAAACCCAAAGACAUGUGGCUCUCCAGGUGGGAGGCCACACGGCUGGGCCUGCAAGCCGGGCUUGUGGAGGAGCGCCUCCUAAGUGCGCUGUCGUGCUUGCAUGAAAUUGGAAAGCUCCUGUACCUGGAAGAGGUGGCCACACUGAAAGAGUAUGUUUUCCACAACCUCCAGCAGUUCCUGCAGCUCCUGGAUGUCUUCUUGCAGGACUCGGCCUUGCUGGAACAUAACUUGACAGAGGGCGAGCGGGAUGUGGAGGCGCUCAGGGCUGACCAUCUGAAGCACCACCUGCAGGGCUUCCUCCAUCACGGGCUUCUGCCUUCUGAUGUCAUUGACCUGCUCCUGUGGCCUCUGAAUGGGAACGAUCGAGACCUUCACGCCGUCAUGGAGCUGCUGGAGAAGAUGGGAAUGUGCUACUGUGUCAAUAAACCGCGCGGCCAGUCUCAGAAUGGCGCUACUGUGUGGUACAAGUUUCCCAGCUACGAGAGGAGCCAGGAGGCCCCUGUGGCGGCGCCUGCCAUCUAUCAGCACCUCCCACUGGAGCAGCUGCAUAUCCAGUAUGUUUUUCCCUUCCUGUUCCCGCCAGGACUCUUCACCAGACUCAGCGUUCAGAUUAACAGUCAUGUGGUGCAGCGGGUGGAUGGACGGAGUCAUGUCCUGGUGUACCGGGGAAAGGUGCCAGUGUUGAUCAGCCACUGCUCGGACCAAGGAAAGCUCCAGGGGGAAACCUUGUCCAUCAGCAGUCAGGCAGCACUGCCGGACAUCUGGACCGCCUGGCAGGCAGUGGCACCACUGCUGCAAGAACUGAAUCUCCUGCUGAAGGAGUGGCCCGGCCUGCUGUACUCUGUGCACAUACUGUGUCCAAAGUGCCUGCGGAGAGGUUCCAGCUGCCCGCACACCUUCCCCGGAGAGCUGCUCAGCCAACGGCGCCCUGAUGUUCUGACGGAUAUCUUCUGUCCAAAAAAUCCAACAGAGCGGAUCCAUGUGUCCCUGCUGUACCCGCCGGUUCCGGUCACUUCAAGUCCAGUUCCAAAGUGACCCACCAGCUCACGUCUACUUAACCAAAGCCACACCCAAUCACUGCGCACCCCAGGGGGGCAUUGUCCUCGGGAGCUUCGUCACUUUCUUCCCUGACACUUGCUUUUUUACUGGAGGUCUUCAAUAAAAGAGUAUUUUCUCAA